AGCCUCAAGGAGCCGGCGACAAGGCGGCCCCUUUGAGGGUGGCCGCCAUGUUGGAGCCGGGGGACAUGGGGGCGGCCAUCUUGAAACGGAGGUAGCAGGAGGCAGCCAUCUAGGAACAACGAGAAGGGGCUCACCCUGGCCAGCUCCCCCGAGGCGCCGGCCGGGACUGGCAUGGCCGCAGUGUGGCAACAGGUGCUGGCAGUGGACGCGAGGUACAACGCAUACCGCACGCCCGGCUCCCCGCAGUUCCGCACCCAGUACAUCCGGCGGCGCAGCCAGCUGCUGCGGGAGAACGCCAAGGCCGGGCACGACCCCGGCGCCCGCAAGCUGUACCUGCGGCUGCGCGCGCAGCUCCUGGCGCAGCGCUACGGGCCCCUCUCCGAGCAGAGCAGCUUCCGCGCCUACAGCAACAGCAUCGUCCGCAGCAGCCGCACCACCCUGGACCGCAUGGAGGACUUUGAGGAUGAUGCCCGAGCGUUGGGGGCCCGUGGCCAUCGCCGCUCCGUCAGCCGCGGCUCCUACCAGCUGCAGGCGCAGAUGAACCGUGCGGCGUACGACGAGCGACCCCCUGGCAGCGUGGUGCCCACGUCGGUGGCGGAGGCCAGCCGGGCCAUGGCCGGGGACACGACGCUGAGCGAGAACUACGCCUUCGCCGGCAUGUACCACGUCUUCGACCAGCACGUCGACGAGGCCGUGCCCAAGGUGCAGUUUGCCAACGACGACAAGCACCUGCUGGCCUGCUGCUCGCUGGACGGCACCAUCUCGGUGUGCCAGCUGGCGCCCGCCCCGCCCGCCGUGCUGCGGGUGCUGCGGGGCCACAGCCGCGGCGUCUCCGACUUCGCCUGGUCCCUCUCCAACGACGUGCUGGUCUCCACCUCGCUGGACGGCACCAUGCGCAUCUGGGCCGCCGGCGAGGGCAAGUGCAUCCGCCAGAUCCCCGACCCCGACGGCGCCGAGCUGCUCUGCUGCGUCUUCCAGCCCAUGAACAACAACCUCACCGUGGUGGGGAACGGGAAGCACAACCUGCACGUGGUGAACAUCUCGACGGGGAAGAAGGUGAAGGGCGGGUCGAGCAAGCUGACGGGCCGGGUGCUGGCGCUCUCCUUCGACGCCCCCGGCCGCCUGCUCUGGGCCGGUGACGACCGCGGCAGCGUCUUCUCCUUCCUCUUCGACAUGGCCACGGGGAAGCUGACCAAGGCCAAGCGGCUGGUGGUGCAGGAGGGCAGCUCCAUCACCAGCAUCUCAGCCCGCUCCUGGGUCAGCCGGGAGGCCCGCGACCCCUCGCUGCUCAUCAACGCCUGCCUCAACAAGCUGCUCCUGUACCGGGUGGUGGACAACGAGGGGACCCUGCAGCUGAAGAGGAGUUUCCAGAUCCAGCAGGGCUCCCACCCCGUGCGCAGCAUCUUCUGCCCCCUCAUGUCCUUCCGCCAGGGGGCCUGCGUGGUGACAGGCAGCGAGGACAUGUGCGUCUACUUCUUCGACGUGGAGCGCGCCAGCCGGGCCAUCGUGAACAAGCUGCAGGGGCACAGCGCCGCCGUGCUGGGCGUCAGCUUCAACUGCGACGAGAGCCUGCUGGCCUCCAGCGACGCCAAGGGCAUGGUCAUCGUCUGGCGCCGCGAGCAGAAAUAGGGCUCCCGGCCCCCCAACCCACCCCCGCCCCCACUCUCCUCUGAGCCGGGCUCCCUGGCCCUGGCGGCUGAGGGGCCUGGCUGCCCCCUGACCCCAUGUAACCCUUUGUGGUCUUUGCCCCCCGUCGUGUCUUCUCCCUGGGGGUGGGGCCCCCCUGUGCUUCACCCGCUUCCUCCCCCUCCUGUGAGCCAGGACGCCUGGGUUCUCUGGCCGGGGUGAGAGCCUCAGGCUGCUGGUGUGACUGGGGCAGGACCCAGAGCUGCUGGCCCCCCUGCUGGCAAGGGGUUACAUUAUUUCCGGGGGGGAAUGUUACAGGGACAGGUUGACCUACAGCCCUGCUUGACGCUGCUGGCUCUGCCCAGAUCUCUGGGGUGGGGGGCUCUGCGUGUGCCCCCCCAGCCAUAGCCGCGGUACACGCAGGCAGAGGCAGCCUCUCGGAGUCAGUUCCCUGGGGCUGCCCUCACUCCCCAGGGGUACGCUGCUGGCAUGUCCCUUUGGGUCACGGCUGCCACGGACGCCUGGGUUCCAUGCCUGGGUCUAAG